AUGCCGUUCAAUACAGCUCUGACCCUGCCCGUUGUGCAGGGUGGCAUGCAGUGGGUGGGCUACGCCGAGCUGGCGUCAGCUGUCAGCAACGCCGGGGGUUUGGGUUUGCUUACUGCUCUCACCCAACCCACUCCCGAAGACCUGCGGAAGGAGAUCCGACGAUGCCGCGAAAUGACCAAGUACCCAUUCGGUGUGAACUUGACCCUCCUUCCAGCCAUGGUUCCUCCCGACUACGGCGCGUACGCGCAGGUGAUUAUCGAUGAGGGUAUCAGAAUCGUUGAGACCGCUGGCAACAACCCUGGUCCCGUCAUCAAGCAACUCAAGAAGGCUGGUGUGACCAUCCUGCACAAGUGCACUACCAUCCGUCAUGCCAAGUCUGCCGUCAAGCUCGGCGUCGACUUCCUCUCUAUCGAUGGAUUCGAGUGUGCAGGUCACGUUGGCGAGCACGAUAUUACCAACUUUAUUCUCUUGAACCGCGCUCGUCAAGAUCUUGGCGUACCUUUUAUUGCAUCGGGAGGAUUCGCGGAUGGCUACGGUCUGGCUGCUGCGCUGGCUCUCGGCGCAGAGGGCAUCAACAUGGGUACCCGAUUCAUGAGCACGGUCGAGGCUCCAAUUCACCAGAAUAUCAAAGAGACCAUUGUCAAGUCCCAAGAGACCGACACCGCGCUGGUGCUCCGCCGCUGGAAGAACACCUCUCGUCUCUUUGCCAACAAGGUCACUCAAGAUGCCUUGAAGAUUGAGAAGGAGAGCACGACUGGUGACUUUGCUGAGAUUGGGCCCUAUGUGAGCGGUCAGCGUGGUCGCCAGGUCUUUAUCAACGGCGACCCUGAUUACGGUGUCUGGACCGCCGGCCAAGUAAUCGGUCUCAUCCACGAUAUCCCGACUUGCGAGGUACUUCUGCGACGUAUUGAGAAGGAAGCCGUCGAGGCCAUGAGCCGGACUCAACGUCUCUACAGUGACGCCCCCAGUGCGAAGCUGUAA